CGGAAGUGUCGGGAGUACGUGGCGAAGAUUCGUUGGGUUUUGUUAGCCGAGUGUGUACUGUUUGAGGUCGGACGCUCCUCAAAUUAAAUAGGCUGUCGCCUGAGGCCUGUCCCCUGUCCUGGUUCUCCGUAGACUCCCGUAGCAUACCGCCCCUCCCCUCUCUACCUUUGACACCUUGUGUGUGUGUAGUAUCGAAACCAAGCGAUUGUACAAAUGAGAGCGGUGGGUUAAGCUCGGUAUGCAGUUCCGACUGCGGCUUUCUCUCCGGCAGCUGCUCAUUCAGAUGGCCCGGAGACCUGACCUGCUGUGUGGAGCCAUCGUGCUGAGCUGCACCCUCAUCUUGUCUGUCAAAUUCGCCUACAGUCGUGCUAAAAAUGUGGUAUCCCCUGCCCGACCACCUGUACGAUUUUUCUCGCCCAGUGCACCUAUUAUUGACUUGUACUUGGGACAACUAGAUCAAGUUGAAAGGCUGAGGAGUAACUCUGAUGUCACUCUAAUUUACUUCUACGCUCCAUGGUGUGGAGAAUCUAUCUCGGCAAGGGUGGCGAUAGAGCAGGUUGCUAAGAAGCUUUCGGACCAGGUGCAAUUUAUAGCGAUAAACUGCUGGUGGAACCAAGGAAAAUGCAGAAAGCAGAAAAAUUUUUAUUACUAUCCAGUUAUAUAUGUGUACUACAGAAGGUUUGGGCCUAUUGAGUACACUGGCCCUUUUACUGCUGCCUAUUUGGAGAAAUUUGUCCGAAGAGUUAUUGCUCCUCUUGUUUACAUACCUUCUGAAGAAAGGCUCAAAAAAUUCUUGUCCCAUUAUGAGCCUGGAGUUCUGGGUUAUUUUGAAUUCAAUACAUCACCUCAGCCACCUGGAUACCUAACAUUUCUUAUGUCAGCUUUACAGGCACUUAAGAGAGAUUUCCAAGGUGUGUUACGCUUUGGUGUAAUAACAAGUAGGCAGCUGGCAAACCGUAUUUCCUUGACCAGCCAUGGGACAGUCUUCAUGCACAGGCAUUUUAACACUUCUUUGAUUUUCCCACGUCAUGCACUAAACUUUACAUCUGAGAAUAUUUGUAAAUGGGCAUAUGAAAAUCUGGAGUUGUUUUACCGAUGGUUGAGACCACAUGGUGGAAAGAGCCGUUUGAUGGACAAGGAGUUGAAAAAAGGGGCUGCUUUGUUGGUAUUCCUCCCAUUUGACCCACUGGCUGAGAGCCAACCGCAAAUUGAUGAGGUAGCAGACAUUGCUCUACAAUAUCAUAACUGUAAUAGAAUCCCAACUUUGAGUCCAUCUCUGGAAGCAAUGGGUAUUAGGACCUCACCAGAAUACUCUGCCUUCCAGUCAAGCCGCUUUCUAUGCUGUAACACGGUGGUUAUUCCUCAGUGGCACUCUGUCUCCAGAAAGCACAAUGUGUGUGAACUAUGCAUCAAUCACUCUCUCAGCAUUCAGCCAACCAAGCUUGAGGCAGGGCACUGCCAAUUUCAGGAGAUGGGGGCUGCUCUAGACUCAUUCUACCUCAGAGAACACACUUUUACUCGCUUUAUGUCACCAAAUGUUGAGUGUAGUAACAUCCAUGAUUUACACAACCCUUUCCGUUACUAUUCAGCAUGUUGUAAAACUGUAAAUACAAGCCUUGCAAACAAUACAGCAUUUUUGCACCCAUCUGCCAUUUGGAGGCAUGGGUAUAUAACAUUUUCACAGGUCAAAGAAGCUCAUAAGGAUCCUCAAAAUAUUGUUCCUCACAUUGAGGAUGACAUUUAUUUGCCCUUUAGGACUACCAGUGUUACUGGGCUCAAAUGUAUAACAAAUAAGACUCUUCAUUUUUAUCUGUUGGAUUCUUAUUUGCACUGGACGUUUGCAGUACGACUAGGUGCUUCAGAGAAUGAGACCAUGAAGAAGUUUGUAACUAUAGUGAAUCUUCCUGAAGAGAUUCACCAUGUUUUGGAUCAGAAAGAAGCAAUUAAGAAAAAUCCACUAGAAGCGUUUAUUCAUAACUACAGCAUCCCAUACAGUCCCCUGAAGAGACAUCUUGUUGGAGAUACUAAUUCCGAAACUUUGAGAGAUACCUUAAUUAAAGAAGUAACAACAAAAACAUUUAACGAUACAGUGAUGGAUCCUGAAAAGGAUGUCCUCUUAUUCUACUAUACACAGUGGUGUGGAUUUUGUUCUGUCCUGAAUCAUGUCCUCAUCCAGUUGGCUCAUUUUUUUCAGUUUAACCAGAUGUUCACUGUAUCCAGAAUAAAUGCUGCUAAAAAUGAUCUGCCCUGGGAGUACAUGGUUGACCGGUUUCCAACUAUUCUUUUCUUCCCUAGUGACAGAAAGCACUUAAGUGUGAAGUUUCCUGAUGCGCCCAUCAACCUCCCCAAUCUGGUUCGCUUUGUCAUACGGUAUUCAAGUAGGCGCUCCUCUUCUGAAGUUCAUGGCCAGGCUGCUCCCAAUCCUCCUACUAAGGCAGGAAGUCUGCAAGCUCAGAUGGUGCUCUUGGAGAAUGACGUCCAUAAACUACGCAGAGAGGUCCAUACCUUGCAGCUAGCAAAAGAUCAGCUCUCAAGGCAACUUUCUGAGGUUAGGCAUGAGAAGCGGCAACUUACAAUUCAUGCCCACACUCUAGAGAAGAGGAACACAGAGCUUCAGCUUCAGGGUAACGAACUUGAAAAACUCUACGAGCAGAAGAAGCAGGAGCUGGAUGACACAGUCGAGAAACUCCAGGAGCUUGCUGAUGCUUCUGAGAACUUGCUAACUGAGAACACUCUACUUAAAAUCUUGAUGGCUUCCAUGAAAGAAGAAAGAAAAGCUGCUCUGACAGAAACUUCAUCUUCAUCAGAUGAGCAUCUGCUGGAAAAGUCCGAUUCUCAAAGAGAAGAACUGUAGACGAAUACCAAGCUUAAGCAGGUAGUGGUAGCUGCACAACACUGUGGGUUUCUCCAAGUUCAGACAUCAUAUUGUGAUGAGGUGUUUUUUGGACGCUAACAAAUUGAUGUUCACAUAUGUUUGAGAAACUAAGGAAGCAGGAUAAAAUAUUUUUGGAGAAUCUUCUAGUAAUCAUUUCAUUUCUACAGCAUUUAUGUUAAAAUGACAAUUGUGGUUUCUAUGUUACAAGCUGUCUGAGGGAAGAAAUUGCACAGAUUGUGUGCCUUUAAUUUUAGCUCCUGUAAAAAAUAAGGGCUUUUAUUGGGAUCAGCAAAAGGUUCAAAAACAUCUGAGGUAAAGGUGAAAAAUUCUGAGCGGUGCUUCCAACUGACACUAAAAUCUUAAUGUCUUCUCUUAAUGAUUCUCCAUUUGGAUGGAGGGAAAAAACCCUUAUUACCGAGUUGUAAUACACUUUGGGGAUUCAGGGUUAUAGAAUCAUGGUUAGUUUAAACAUACUACUGCUUUACGUCAGGACUACAGAAUUCAUGAAGGCAAUGUGAUCCGUAAUUGCAAUCUGAAGAAUAAAUUAUUUUGUUUUCUUA